GCAUCGCACGUAUUGUCUGUACAGUUUUUAAGUCUGUGGCGACACGACACCUCGCAUGGUGGUCGAUCUGCUCGGAUACCUCGUCUAUGGUGAUAUGUAUACCGUACCUGGUCUGUGCGCUUAUCAAUGAAAACAGUACAUAAUAAUUUCUUAAAUAGAUGAAUUGAACAAUAAACAUCGGAAAGUCUAUUUUCAUACGAUUCAUAAUGUGUGCGAUAAAAAUAACUUGUCGGCUCUCCAGAUUAUCCUGAUAGUAGUAUGUAAAGCGUUAUUAGGUAGGAUUAUAUUGUACCGACGGUUAAUUAAGAAACUCCUGCGUAAUUAAAAAUAUGGCGAGAUCGGAUAUGAUAAACGAUUAUGCCAGAGAUCUGACUAAGUUGGAGAGAGAACAAAGUAUAAUAGAUAGAGCACCGUUUCGUCAUUUAACGAUCACCGAUGCACACGUAUUAGACUCGAUAGAAGGUAGAGAGAUAUGCAGUCGUUGUUACAAGUCACGAAAGUUCUUUUGUUACUCGUGCCGCUUGCCGGUUAUCAAUGAGAAGUAUUUUCCAAAAGUAAAGUUACCGAUUAAAAUCGACAUCAUUAAGCACGCCCGUGAAAUUGACGGGAAAAGCACUGCGAUUCAUGCGGCUGUACUCGCUCCGGAAGAUGUUAACAUUUUUAUAUACCCUGACUUUCCGGAGAUAAUCGAUAAGAAAGAGACUGUCUUAAUUUUUCCUAGCCAAACUGGCAAAACGAUUGAAUCGCUUUUCGAAGACGUGGUUAAACAAGGUGAUCAAAUAAUAAUAAACAGGAUUAAGAAUGCGUUUCCUGUGAAAAGAGCUGUUUUCAUUGACAGCACGUGGCAUCAGACGAAAGCUAUCUACAAAGACCAAAGAUUUAGAGACUUACAGUGCGUCAUAUUGAAAUCAAGAAUAUCGCAGUUCUGGCGUCAUCAAAAGAAGAGCCCAAGAUGGUAUUUGGCUACGAUCGAAGCGAUUCAUCAAUUUCUGGUAGAACUGCACACGUGUGCGUUCGGCAUCGUAGAAGGUUACGCGGAUUUGGAGAAUUCUGUUGUAAGAUCGGUUAGAGAAGGAUUACCUGAAACGGACCAGAGAUACAGAGGUCAAUACGACAAUCUCUUAUAUUUUUUUAAGUAUAUGUACGAGAAGAUUCAUACUAUGUACGAUCAUGAUCAGUUAUGGGCAUAUAAGAGGCCGUUGCUAUAGUUUUUUUGAUAGGAAAUUAUUUUACAAAGUAGCAUUAAUGUCUGACAGAUCUAUUACAAUAAAACAAUUGAUAUUAGAAA